AUGUGCAACGCUGUAAACAGAGCCCGCGACGCCCCACCCCCUUCUCCGGCCCCGCCCCCGCAACCCAAUUUCCGAAAAAAAAAAAAAAAAUCACAAGCGCUAGCGUGGGAAAAGUGGAAGUCCCGCCGGAGGGGGGACCCCGAGGCUGCUGGUUUUCCUUCCCUGUCCCAGAGGCCGUACUCUUUCCCACGUGCUUCCCGAGCUGGCUGCGUGGGGACAGCCGAGAGCCGGGGAACAGCGACCCUUCCCCGCCCGGGGCGGUGUGGACUACAACUCCCAGCAUGCCGUGCCGGCGGCCGCGCGAGGCGAGGCCGGGUGAGUCAGAGCCGCACAGUAAAUAUUUGUAUUAGCCUGAGCCGGCUCGCUAAUGGUGGACGCGUGAGGCAGAGGCGGCCGGAGCGGGCAGCGCGGCGGCGCCAUCUCGUGAACAUGGACGAGCUCAAACAUCAGCUCAUGAUCAACCAGUUCGUGCUGACGGCGGGGUGCGCGGCCGACCAGGCGAAGCAGCUGCUGCAGGCGGCCCACUGGCAGUUCGAGACAGCCCUCAGCGCCUUUUUCCAGGAGACCAACAUCCCCUACAGCCACCACCACCAAAUGAUGUGCACUCCCGCCAACACCCCUGCCACACCCCCCAACUUCCCAGAUGCCCUCACCAUGUUCUCCCGGCUCAAGGCCUCCGAGAGUUUCCACGGUGGCGGCAGCGGCAGCCCAAUGGCCACAACAGCCACGUCGCCCCCGCCGCACUUCCCCCAUGCCGCCACCAGCAGCUUCGCAACACCCAGCUGGCCAACUGCGGCCUCGCCCCCUGGGGGCCCACAGCACCACCAACCGCAGCCAUCCUUGUGGACUCCGGCACCCCCUUCCCCGGCUUCAGACUGGCCACCCCUGGCCUCCCAACAAGCCACCUCAGAACCCAGGGCCCAUCCGGCCAUGGAGGCAGAGAGAUAAGGGAGGCCCCUCCCCCCUCCCGGAGGCCAGGACCCCGUGGGGUGGGGGAGAGGAUGUCUCUGCGGGCCCCCCUUCACCCCUCCUCUGUCUGCACCCCGUGCCCCGGAGCCCUGGAGGGAAGAGACUGCACUCUAGCCAGGCAGGGAUGUGCCUUGCUCCAACAUGCACAGCUGUGCACACGGGAGUUGGCAGGAGCAUAGGCACGAGCACCUAGUUCAGAGAGGUUUGGUUACCUGGUAAGCAGAACUUCAGAGGCCACGACUCAGCCCGAGGCCGGGUAUGCUGCCGAAGACUUCUCAGUGCUGGUUCCUGGCCUGGCGCCUUCGGGGGGCCAACAGGCCUAGACCCCCAUCCUUGGAGAUGAGAGCCCUCUCCGCAUGUGUGCGUGUAGCUGUGUUUGUGUAUUUAUGCUACUUUUCAAAAGGCAACCUAGUUUUUGGGGCAGCUGGACUUUGCAUGUUAGGUGAGCCCUGAGCCCCUUGCCCGCAGCCCCUCCCCCCAGUGCUCUGUCUCUGACCCCAUCCCUUUGCCAGCGAGCAUUGCCGUUCCCUGCAGAGAAAAGGAUCAUAGGAAACUCCAGGACUCUUGUACCCAUCCCCCAGCACCUGCCUGCUGGGGCAGCCUGCAUGCCUCCCCCAGAGCCCGGGGUUCCUAUACCCAUUUCCUUCCCACCUUUUAACAAAAGACAAGAAAAUUCCAAACCA